UCUGAAAUCGAAAACUCGGGGGCCCGUGGACAUCAGCUAUGUAUGCUGCUGGAAUCACCUCCAUGCUUCGGGCACUGCCCUGAUGGAGUUUCCUGAAGAUUUUAAUCAGCUUGAGCUUUUACAAACUCAUGGGCACCUGAUACCCCGGGGAGUGAGUAGCAUGUGGUCUGGAAAGGAGGUCGGGGAGGAGACCGAGGAGGAACAUAGUGAGGAGUGGUACCUGCAAACAGAGGAAGCUCUCAAAGAUAGAGCAGUGGAGCUUAUUCUGUGGGCAGCGGAGAACAACCGCUUGUCAACAGUCCAAAGGUUGAUGUCUACGGACCCCUCGCUGGCUCUUUGCCACGAUGAGGACGGCUACACUCCAUUGCACCGUGCAGCGUACAGCGGCCACGUUGGUGUGGCUUCUACUUUGCUUGCCGCUGGAUCUAAAGUAAACUCUUGCACUAUUGACGGCUGGACACCUCUCCACAGUGCCUGCCGAUGGGGCCACGUUACUAUGGCAGCCCUUCUCUUGCAGCAAGGAGCCAAUCUCAAUGCUCAGACUAACGGUGGGCUGACUGCCCUUCACCUGGCUGCUUCCCACAUCAGCACCCCACCAGAGGACUCAUUCCACACACUGCAGCUCCUCCUGUCUCAGCGGCACCUGAAGGCUGGGCUCCGAAGCAGCAGUGGGGAAACAGCAGGUGAAGUGGCCAGACGCUGUGGACCAUAUCAUUUUCUCUUUGAGAUGGUGGAAGACUGUAGCAGUGUGCUGCCCUCCUGCUGA